CGCUCCCCCGGCGGAGGGCGUGCGCGUGGGCACCUCGGGACCGUCCGCCCCCGCUUUGUGUCUGCACCUCCACGAGGCUGAGCCCCUCCCGGGCCCUGCAGUCCAGCUUUGGCCAGGGUCGUCUGGGUCUGUGGGGGCGUCGGCCCCUGGUUUCUUCCUCGAUCCUGUGUCCAGAGCAGUGCCUGGGGGACAGGCAACUGGAGCCGCGUUUAAGGCCUGGGGCAGGGUGCUUGGGAGCGUGAAGUGGUUUGAAUGACCCAUUGGCUUAGAGGGUGGCGGCCGAGAAGAGCGGCGGGGAAGGUCAGGUAGGGGAUAGGGGUUGUGUGCACCCCGAGUCUGCGUGUUUUCCAUCAUUCCUGGCGUGCAGGCGUGCACACCUGCGUGAACCACAUGUUCACAGACGUGUGCACAAGUGUGCAUCGGCCUCGCAUGGUGGACAUUUGGCAAGCGACAAUGGAGGCAAAGAAAUCAGAGUGCGCACCUGCGUGAGGCCCUCUCCUCUUCCAGUGCUUGUGCGGAGCGCACCCUUGUGAAAUCUGCCCCUCUGUGCGCCUCGCUCGGGGCACCAGGCCUUGCACAGGACGUGUGGAUGAGCUGUGCCACGGGGCUGUGCUUGCUUCUGUAUGUAGCUUGCCAAUGAGUGCAUGCAAGCAUGUGCACACGCCACCUCUCUGUGCCGGUUCACGUACUGUGUUAGUCAUGUCACCAACAGACAAAUCAGCUUGUACACGCAUGUUCCACCACUGGGUACACAUGUUGAUGUGUGCCUGUGCAGUCUGUUCUUGGACACACAUGUAUGUGUGGUGCCAGUGUGUGCAGGCAUGUUCGUGCAUGAACAUGUUUGCACAUGUGUGCUUGGUCGUGUGUGUGUGUGUGUGUGUGUGUGUGUGUGUGCUGGGUCUCUUGGGAGCUGCUGGCAAGUCAGCCUGUGUAGGGAGGCACAGGGAGCUUCAGCAUCUUUGGAGCCCUCACCAGAAGGCCUUAGGAGCCUUGGAGUGGGAGGCUCAGGGCCAGCCAGGAGAGUGGCCCCCAGGCCCUGGGCAGAGGAACUGGGGCCAUCCUCUGCUCUCCCAUCUUCCGUUGCUGACCUGGGAAAAGGGGUUGAAUAACUCGGGCACUCUACGGACCCGGGCUGUGGGGAGGCGUGGGCGUGGCCUCCCUGCUGGGGGCUGGGCCCUGCUGAAGCACCUACCUUCUCCCUGGCUCCUCCCUCAGAAACCUAAUGGACCUCUUCCUCCACACAGAGGGCCCUGUGCUGCCCUCGCCCAGUCAGGUGGGGGUGCUAGAACCCACUUACCUCUGAGCCUUCUCUCUGGUAACUGGCUCUCAUGGGAGAGAGCCGGUUCCAGGAGCCAGUUAUGGGGGCUGUGGGGCUGCAGUAGGUGCCGUAGGGCGGCCGCCCGGCCUUUUGCCGCGGGGGCUGCCCUAGGAAAGUGCCUCACCCCCGUGGGGCAUGGACCGGAGUGGAGAGGGCAACCAUUGACGAGGUGGAGACGGACGUGGUGGAGAUUGAGGCCAAACUGGACAAGGUGAAGGGCGGGCCUGGAGCGCCCUGUGCCCGGCCAAGCUUGGGAUGGCUGCAUGGCUGAACUCACCCUCUGGGCCUUACUAAGCCACUCACACCCCCAUAUGCGGAGCUCCCGUGUGGUGCUCCAGGUCCUGGUCCCUGUGUCUUAGCACGUGUGUUCCAGGGUGCACAUGUCCAACGCACACAUGUGGCCGGCCCUGAGUCUUGUCCCGUCUGGGAGGGGCCGGGCUGUGGUGAGCCCCCGACCCAUGGUGGCCGCCUGUCCCCUCUGCUGGGCUGGUGACAUGGGGACAGCUGCUGUGUGGGCGAGCCUUGGUGUGGCUGGGGCUGGGGCGGAGAAAGGGGAGGGGGCAACAGGCCGUGGAGCUGGGAGCCGCAGCAGGGACUGGAGUCCACAAGCCCCACAUGGGCUGGUCCUGCUGGCCCUGGGUCCCCUGCCUGGCUCCUGGUCCCUCCCAGCUGAGUGAGGCCAUGGCGGCCCCACCCUCCCCUCCCAGACCGGCCUGCAAGCCCCAGGCAGGCGCAGGCGCAAGGAAGCCGCACCCGGGGCACUGAGUCCUGGUUGCCAACACCCUGAGUGGAACCUACCCUGGAAGCUCUUCCUGCCUCAGGCUGUGCGUGGUAGCGAGUGCAGGCACCAGUGCCCGCCGCGCUCACCAGGCCCCGCCGCCCGCAGCUGGUGAAGCUGUGCAGUGGCAUGGUGGAAGCUGGUAAGGCCUACGUCAGCACCAGCAGGCUGUUCGUGAGCGGCGUCCGUGACCUGUCCCAGCAGUGCCAGGGCGACACCGUCAUCUCGGAAUGUUUGCAGAGGUUCGCUGACAGCCUACAGGAGGUGGUGAACUACCACAUGAUCCUGUUUGACCAGGCCCAGAGGUCCGUGCGGCAGCAGCUCCACAACUUUGUCAAAGAGGAUGUGCGGAAGUUCAAGGAGACAAAGAAGCAGUUUGACAAGGUGCGGGAGGACCUGGAGCUGUCCCUGGUGCGGAACGCCCAGGCCCCGAGGCACCGGCCCCACGAGGUAGAGGAAGCCACCGGGGCCCUCACCCUCACCAGGAAGUGCUUCCGCCACCUGGCACUGGACUACGUGCUCCAGAUCAAUGUCCUGCAGGCCAAGAAGAAGUUUGAGAUCCUGGACUCUAUGCUGUCCUUCAUGCAUGCCCAGUCCAGCUUCUUCCAGCAGGGCUACAGCCUCCUGCACCAGCUUGACCCCUACAUGAAAAAGCUGGCGGCCGAGCUGGACCAGCUGGUGAUCGACUCUGCAGUGGAAAAGCGUGAGAUGGAGCGAAAGCACGCAGCCAUCCAGCAGCGGGUGAGGCCACGCAGCCGGCUCCCUGCACACCGGGCGCCUGGGAGGCCCCUGCGAGGCCCCUGUGUCCUCACCCCAUGCCCGGCACACCCUCCCCGCCCCCUCCUCCCUGCCUGUCCCCCACCUGCCCUGCCCACACCUUCUCUAGGGGUCCAAGGCUGCUGCCCUUUGAUGCGUGCAGUGGAGGGGCACCUGUGGGUGGGGCCACUGCUGGGAUCUCCUUCCUUUGAGGCCGUGGUCACCUCUGCGGCCUCAGUCACUGGCUCCUUGCGGGGCCUUUGCUUGCCUGUGGGACAGCAGCCCCGGCCACCACCCAGAGCAGAUGUUGGCUGCAGGCAGGAGUGGCUAUUUUGGGAUAGGGGAGAGCCCCCCAGGAGUUGGGGAUGGGUCUGCCAGUCACCAGGAGUUGGGGGCAACUGUCACUCACUGGCUCUCUCCCCCGCAUCCCCUCCUGCUCCGGCCCUUCAGACGCUGCUGCAGGACUUCUACGAUGAGUCGAAAGUGGAGUUUGAUGUGGAUGCGCCCAGUGGGGUGGUGAUGGAGGGUUACCUCUUCAAGAGGGCCAGCAACGCUUUCAAGACGUGGAACCGGCGCUGGUUCUCCAUUCAGAACAACCAGCUGGUCUACCAGAAGAAGCUCAAGGACGCCCUCACCGUGGUGGUGGAUGACCUCCGCCUGUGCUCUGUGAAGCCGUGUGAGGACAUCGAGCGGAGGUUCUGCUUCGAGGUGGUGUCACCCACCAAGAGCUGCAUGCUGCAGGCUGACUCCGAGAAGCUGCGGCAGGCCUGGGUCCAGGCUGUGCAGGCCAGCAUCGCCUCCGCCUACCGCGAGAGCCCCGACAGCUGCUAUAGCGAGAGGCUGGACCGCACAGCAUCCCCGUCCACAAGCAGCAUCGACUCUGCCACCGACCCUCGGGAGCGUGGCGUGAAGGGAGAGAGUGUGCUGCAGCGUGUGCAGAGCGUGGCCGGCAACAGCCAGUGCGGCGAUUGUGGCCAGUCGGACCCCCGCUGGGCCAGCAUCAACCUGGGCGUGCUGCUCUGCAUCGAGUGCUCUGGCAUCCACAGGAGCCUGGGUGUCCACUGCUCCAAGGUCCGGUCCCUGACACUGGACUCUUGGGAGCCAGAGCUGCUAAAGCUGAUGUGUGAGCUUGGAAACAGCGCCGUGAAUCAGAUCUAUGAGGCCCAGUGUGAGGGUCCAGGCAGCAGGAAACCCACAGCCAGCAGCCCCCGGCAGGACAAGGAGGCCUGGAUCAAGGACAAAUAUGUGGAAAAGAAAUUUCUGCGGAAGGCACCCAUGGCACCAGCCCUGGAGGCCCCAAGACGCUGGAGGGCGCAGAAGUGCCCACGGCCCCACAGCUCUCCCCGCGCCCCCACUGCCCGCCGCAAGGUCCGGCUUGAGCCUGUCCUGCCCUGUGUGGCUGCUCUGUCCUCAGUGGGCACCCUGGAUCGUAAGUUCCGCCGAGACUCCCUCUUCUGCCCCGACGAGCUGGACUCACUCUUUUCCUACUUCGACGCAGGGGCCGCGGGGGCUGGCCCUCGCAGUCUGAGUAGCGACAGUGGCCUUGGGGGCAGCUCGGAUGGCAGCUCGGACGUCCUGGCUUUCGGCUCAGGCUCUGUGGUGGACAGCGUCACUGAGGAGGAGGGUGCGGAGUCGGAGGAGUCCAGCGGUGAGGCAGACGGGGACGCUGAGGCCGAGGCCUGGGGCCUGGCAGACGUGCGUGAGCUGCACCCGGGGCUCCUGGCGCACCGCGCAGCGCGUUCCCGCGAUCUUCCUGCGCUGGCGGCGGCGCUGGCCCACGGGGCCGAGGUCAACUGGGCGGACGCGGAGGAUGAGGGCAAGACGCCGCUGGUGCAGGCCGUGCUAGGGGGCUCCUUGAUCGUCUGUGAGUUCCUGCUGCAAAAUGGAGCGGACGUGAACCAAAGAGACAGCCGGGGCCGGGCGCCCCUGCAUCACGCCACGCUGCUGGGCCGCACCGGGCAGGUUUGCCUGUUCCUGAAGCGGGGCGCAGACCAGCACGCCCUGGACCAAGAGCAGCGGGACCCGUUGGCCAUCGCAGUGCAGGCGGCCAACGCAGACAUCGUGACGCUGCUCCGUUUGGCGCGCAUGGCGGAAGAGAUGCGCGAGGCCGAGGCUGCCCCAGGUCCUCCGGGUGUCCUGGCGGGCAGCAGCCCCACGGAGCUCCAGUUCCGCAGGUGCAUCCAGGAGUUCAUCAGCCUCCACCUGGAGGAGAGCUAGGGCCGGGCAGGCCGGGCAGCUGCUACCCCGCCCGGCCCGACGCCCUGCAUGCCCCGAAAUCCCCGGCGCCCCACCCGGCCGCGGCCCUGCCUGUGACCCGGGUCGAUGCCUGGCAGCCCCAGUGCCGGGGCGCCCUGGCCCCGCUCACCCAGGAGGAGAGCGAGGGCCCCGCACUGAGUCUCUUAAAGCCUCACAUUUUCCUGGGGGGUGCUGCGUCAUCGGGUGCCCCUCACUCCACCUGGGGAAUCUCUGUCUUCGAGGCACCCCUUUUAAGGGUCCUGGGUUGCUCAUGUCACAAGCCACUCUCAAGGCCCGUGUCACCUGUGUUCCUCUGUCCUCAGGGCCUGUGUCACUUCGUGCCCCACUUCUGCCCAGAACACUGACCUGCUAGCUGGGUCCCUCCCGCACACCCCAGAGCCCCCUCCCAGGGCAGAAAGGGUGGCCCAUCCAGGGAACCAACGAGUACCUCACUUAGUGACCCCAGCAUCCAGGCUGGCGUCGCGGGUGCUGGGCGGGAGGGGCUCUGGCCUGGGUCCUCAGCCGUGGCUGGACGCGGGCGUCCCAAGGCCACGUGGCUGGCCAUGAAGGUCCCCGUGCCAGACAGCCCCAGCCGCGUCCCAGCCUCCUCUGGAGGCACCUUCUCCCGGUACUCGGCCCAGAGCCUGUGCAUAAAGCCACUUUGCCACUUUGCAGCCCGCAUCUCAUGUUCUUUGUAGCGGACCGAGUGGGUUUGCUACAGGCCUCGUCUGACUUUGUCUUGCGUCUUUUCUCUGUGGACUCUUGAGGACGUCUGAGCCCCAGCCCUGCCCCUGGCCAGCUUCACCCUUGGGUCCAGGGGUCCCUCGGUUCAUAUUGCAGGGCCUGCCAAUGCCUUCAUGCACUCCUUCCCCGAAGGCACCCUGCAGAGAGGCGGGGCCUCCCCACCUCGGCCCUAGGUCAGGCUAAGGCCAGUCGGCUGGUCACUAUGCAAUGCUGCCCCCGGGAGCCUCCGUGAGGGCACAGUGGGCGCUGGACCCGGCCCCUCAACACUUUUGCCUGCUGCCUGUGACCCUGAAAAACAGAAUUGAUUCUUGCUCCUCUCCCUGUGUCAGUUUGGCCCCACCACCUGCCCCAGGCCCCUGCUGGCGGGUCUUACCCCCACCCCUCGCUUUGAAUAAACCGCUUGCGCCCACUGCCUG